AGAAAAGGAGAAAAAAAAAAUGUGAAAAAGAAGUUAAAGAACAGUGUAUUUGUUUAAUAAUAAAGUUUGGUUUUGGGUUUGGAUUUGUCAACUCGAGCUGGCAAUGCAGCGUCCGUCGACAUCCUCUUUCUUCUCAGUCCUCCUUCUCCCCUGUUUGUUUGUUUGGAACAACUUGGUUGGUUGGUUGGCUCUUCUUCAAAAUCAAGCAAAAAGUUAAAAAUGGUUUAAUAAGAGGGAAUUGGAUUGAGUAAUGUAAUCCCGAUUUCCCACCACUGAGAUUGAGAAGAGCUUUGUCCUCCUUCUCUGAAAUGAAGAAAUAUUCCCAAUAUUACUAACUCCACUGGGAAAAAGCCAAAUUGAGAGUCUCCUUCUGCUCAUUCUCCUUUCACUCCGUCGGCGUCGUCAUGUUUGGUGGAAAGCUCUUUGCUUUCCUGCUUACUGCCUCUACUUGCUUAUGGCUGCUCCGCUUUGCCCGAGCAAAGCUUGUACAAGAAGAAGUUGAUGCCCUUGGAGAAAUUGUAAGAGCAAUGGGCUCAACGUAUUGGCAGUUUGAUGCUGAUACCUGCCAAGUGGAAGCAUUUGGGAUGACCCAAGUCCCACCAAGGAACGCAGAGCACACUAUUGAAUGUACUUGCAUCAAUGGCAGCAAUACGGAUUGUCACGUCGUGAGGAUGGUGCUUAAGAAUCACAAUCUUCCUGGAAUUCUUCCACCUCAGCUGGUGAAGCUUCCUUACCUCCAAGAAAUUGAUUUUGCUUACAACUACCUCAACGGCUCUAUCCCAAAAGAAUGGGCAUCAACGCGAUUGACUUCAAUUUCUAUUCUUGUAAACCGACUUUCAGGGGAGAUCCCAAAGGAGUUGGCAAAUAUUACUACUCUCACAUACUUGUGUCUUGAUGCAAACCAAUUCUCUGGUGGUCUCGCUGCAGAGCUUGGGAAACUGGUCAACUUGGAAACACUAAUGCUGUCUUCCAAUAAGUUUACUGGACCAUUGCCAAUCUCGUUUGCAAGGAUGACAAAUUUAACUGAUCUCAGGAUAAAUGAUAAUAGCUUCAGUGGAGUCAUUCCUAAUUUCAUACGGAAUUGGACCAAACUCACCAGACUAGAGAUGCAUGCAAGUGGGCUAGAGGGACCCAUUCCACCAAGCAUUUCAGAGCUGGCUAAUCUAUCCGAGCUGAGAAUCAGUGAUGUAGCUGGACCCACUCAAGGCUUCCCCAUGGUGACCAAUGCCACAGGCAUAGUAAGAUUGGUUUUGAGGAACUGCAACUUAUCUGGGGAGCUCCCUGACUUUGUCUGGUCGAUGCAGAACAUGGAGAUGUUGGAUGUUAGUUUCAACAAGUUGACAGGAAAAAUUCCGGCAACCAUUACUGCGGAUCGUUUGAGAUUUGUUUUCUUGACUGGCAACUUGCUAAGUGGAGUUGUUCCUGAAUCAAUCUUGAAGCAAGGAAGCAACAUCGACUUGUCUUACAAUAACUUUGAGUUGCAAGGACCUGACCACCCUGUUUGUCGGGAUACUAUGAAUCUUAACAUAAACUUGUACCAGAGCUCUUCAGCCAUAAACAGCACUAGGAGUAGUCUCCCAUGCAUGAAGACCUUUACUUGUCCUCGAUACUCGAAUUGUUUGCAUGUUAACAGUGGUGGAAAGGACUUGGCCAUUACCGAAAACAAAACAACUGUACUAUAUGAAGGAGAUGUACAAAUUGUAGGUGGUACAGCAAAAUAUUUCCUAAAUGAGGAGAGCUACUGGGGCUUUAGUAGCACAGGGGACUUUUUGGAUGACAAUGAUUUCCAGAACACCCGUUAUACCGUAGCUAUACAAUCAUCAUCCCUCCCCGAGUUGUACUUGACUGCCCGCAUUGCCCCAAUUUCUCUUACUUACUUCCACUACUGUUUAGAAAAUGGGAACUACACGGUGAGGCUACACUUUGCUGAGAUCGUAUUCACUAAUGACAGAACUUACGCUAGUCUUGGCAAGCGCAUGUUCGACGUCUAUGUUCAGGAAAAGCUAGUGUUGAAGGAUUUCAAUAUUGAAGAUAAGGCUGGUGGUGCUCAGAAGCCUUUAGUACAGCCAAUCCCGAAUGUCUAUGUACCCAACAAUAUUCUUGAGAUUCGUUUUAAUUUUGCUGGCAAAGGAACAACAAGGGUUCCAGCUAGAGGAAUAUAUGGUCCCAUCAUCUCAGCCAUCUCUGUAGUUUCUGAUGAUAAAAUCUGCUCCAAACCCGAUGGCGAUAGAGGAAACAAGGGAACAAUUUAUGCUGUUGUUGGAGUACUUGGAGCAUUAAGCCUUAUAUUUGUUGUUCUAGGCAUUCUUUGGUGUAGAGGAUACUUACCUGGAAAGUGCGGCAAAAGAAAAGGUACUAAUGGAGCUGAUUUGCCCAAGGGAACAUUCUCCUUAAAACAAAUUAGAGCAGCCACUGAUGACUUCAAUCCCAAAAAUAAGAUUGGAGAAGGUGGUUUUGGUCCUGUAUACAAGGGUGUGUUACCUGAUGGUACAAUGAUAGCAGUUAAGCAACUCUCAUCGAAAUCAAAACAAGGAAACCGUGAAUUUUUAAACGAGAUUGGAAUGAUUUCUUGUCUGAAACACCCGAAUCUCGUCAGCUUGCAUGGGUUUAGUGUGGAAGGAGAUCAACUAUUGCUUGUGUAUGAAUACAUGGAAAACAAUAGCCUCGCUCGGGUUUUAUUUGGCAGGGAAAACUGUGAGCUGAAGCUGGACUGGCCUACAAGGUUCAAGAUAUGUGUCGGGAUAGCUAAAGGUCUGGCCUUUCUCCAUGAAGAGUCAAGACUCAAGAUCGUUCACAGAGACAUCAAGGCCACCAACGUUCUUCUUGAUGGGGACUUAAAUCCGAAGAUAUCAGAUUUUGGAUUGGCUAGGCUUGACGAGGAAGAAAAAAGCCACAUCAGCACCCGUGUGGCUGGAACAAUAGGCUACAUGGCACCAGAAUAUGCACUGUGGGGCUACCUCACCUACAAAGCAGAUGUUUACAGUUUUGGAGUUCUGACGUUGGAGAUCGUUAGUGGCAAGAACAACAAUGAUUUUAUGCCAAGCAACAAUUGCGUUUGCCUCUUAGAUUGGGCUUGCCAUUUGCAGCAGAGUGGGAAUGUGUCACCCAUUAUAGACCAGACAUUGAGGUCAAGAGUAAAGCAGGAAGAAGCUGAGAUUAUGAUCAAGGUAGGUCUGUUGUGUACAAAUGCAUCAUCGACACUCAGACCAACAAUGUCUGAGGUUGUGAACAUGCUGGAAGGAAGAAUGCCAGUUCCAGACACAGUCCCAGAACCGAGCAGUUACGCAGAAGACUUGAGGUUCAAGGCAUUGAGAGACCUGCGGAGGGAUGGGGAAGGGCACAGUAAAAGUCACAGUCAUGGUUUGAGUCACAACUCAACCACUCUAAACACAUUUAAUUCCUCUUUGGAUACAUCGACCCAGGAGUUCUAUGACAUCAGUCCAUCACCUAUAUCGAGAAGCUCGGUUUGAAGGAUUCUGCUGCCAUGCGAUUCCCCUCAAGAAUAAGCAAAGCGAGGGGAAGAACAUAAAUUGUAGAAUGUCAAAUGUAAAUAUUCAUGUGCAGUGUUUGUUUACUGCCUUGGCGAGGGCAUGGUGCAUAUUGCAGAGAACUUGAAAGUUGAACCAUAGAGAUAGACUUGUGUAUAGAUUUUUGUCUACAUACUUCCAGUGACAUUUGGGCUGUUGGGGAAUUCUGUUAUGGCGAUUAAAAAGGGUAGAUCUCUCUGGUGGUAGAACUUUGUACAAAAAUUAGGCAUCUCCUUCCCUAGUUUCAUUCUUCAUAAUUUCAUAGUACGCGCAAGGGGCUGCUCAAACUGUGACUACAGUCCAUGACUGGUUAUAGCCUCUAUUGUAGGAAAAAGGAAAAUUUCCCAAGUUACACAUGUUUUUAAAAAAAAUUCUCAAAAUACACACGCUAUGAUAAAAUUCCCAAUCUACGCAAGUUUGGGUAUUCACCGCGACAGAGCAAGGCAGUAAUUGCAUCACCGCAUGAGAGGAGGGCGGUGAGUGGGCACUGAUUGCAUCACCGUUGUAGAGGAAGGCGGUGAUAGCAUCACCGCUUUAGAGAAAGGCGGUGAAUGCUUCCUGCAUUACAAGGCCGCGGUGAAGGCCUAACCUGCGUCGAAACUUUAAACAAACGUAACUUUGUGCUCAGUUAUCCGAUCGUAGCGAAUUUUUUUUUAUUCCGCAUAACUUUUCGAGAUCUUGCAUGCCGCAAAUAGCCGCGGGCGGUGUAGUAUUGCCUACAUCCCGAAAAAACGUCGUUUGCUACCCUGAAUGAGCCUUUUUUCAAUUUCGUCAAACUUUGAACGACCAUAACUUUGUGCUCCACAAUCUGAAAAUCAUGAAAUUUUUUUUAUUUCACAUAACUUUUUAAAGACUACAAUUUUUAUCAUAGUCCUUAAAAAGUUACGUGAAUCCAAAGUUAUGCGGAAUCAAAAAAAUUUUCACUACGAUCGGAUAACCGAGCACAAAGUUACAUUUGUGUAAAGUUUCGACGCAGGUCAGCCCUUCACCGCGGCCUUGUAAUGCGGUGAAGCAUUCACCGCCUUUCUCUACGGCGGUGUUGCAAUCACCGCCUUCCUUUACAGCGGUGAUGCAAUCACCGCCCUCCUCUCAUGCGGUGAUGCAAUCACCGCUCUUCUUUCAUGCGGUGAUGCAAUCACUACCUUGCUCUGCCGCGGUGAAGGCCCAAACAUGCAUAGAUUGGAAUUUUUUUUUCAUAAAGUGUGUAUUUUGAG